UCCCACUUACACCUGCAUAAUGCUUUUAACACGAUGUGUCGGGAGCGCUCCAUGUUUCACCGCGGCCCCAGUGUGUGAUUGAACCCCCCCCCCACUGCCAUUCAUUCUUUCUUCUCCCAGUUGAACGGCAGAUAGGGACAACGGCGGAGGACAGGAGCGGGCAAGCAGCGCAGCCGCCACCCUCCGCUUCGACGCGGCCCCGCUCUUUCUUUUCCGUGCUUUUGCAUCGCUUUGCCGGGUUUUCUUUAGCUUCUUGGAUUUAUAAAUGUUUCGUGACGGGCGGUGCUGCAUGGGCAGCGCGAAAAAGACGGCGGCAACCCUACGGAUUUAAUGGGAAAUAACGCUUAGCGGGGGCUCCUUUCAAAAUUACAUCACCCGGCUAUGUGUUUCAAUAUCUAGUCAGGUCACCCAAGAAAUAACAUAUAGGCUGCGCACAUUUACAAUCCUUCAUCUUUUGGGUUAUCAGCUAGCGGGAAAAGAUCGACAAUACCUGGUUGGAUGCUUGACCCUUGGCCUGGGUCACCAUGAGCACCAUCUCCCCCACCGACUUCGACAGCCUGGAGAUCCAGCAGCAGUACAAUGACAUCAACAACCGCUGGGACCUGGCCGCCGAGACCGAAUGGGACAACGAGAACAGCUCGGCGCGGCUCUUUGAGAGAUCCCGGAUCAAGGCUCUGGCAGUCGGGAUGGAGCUGGAACGCAAAUUCGGCGAUCUGUGCCCCUCCCCGGCCACUUUCAUCAAUCAGGUGCAGCACUCCAACAUCCUGGAAGGACGAUUCAAGCAGCUCCAAGAUGAGCGUGAGGCCGUGCAGAAGAAGACUUUCACCAAAUGGGUGAACUCGCACCUGGGUCGCGUCACCUGCCGCAUCGGAGAUCUGUACACGGACCUGCGUGACGGACGCAUGCUGAUCCGUCUGCUGGAGGUGCUGUCCAGCGAGCAGCUGCCCAAGCCCACCAAGGGCCGUAUGCGGAUCCACUGCCUGGAGAACGUCGACAAGGCCUUGCAGUUCCUCAAGGAGCAGAAGGUCCAUCUAGAGAACAUGGGCUCCCACGACAUCGUCGACGGCAACCAUCGCCUCACAUUGGGCCUGAUCUGGACCAUCAUCCUCCGCUUCCAGAUCCAGGACAUCAGCGUGGAGACUGAGGACAACAAGGAGAAGAAGUCAGCAAAGGACGCCUUGCUGCUUUGGUGCCAGAUGAAGACUGCAGGGUACCCCAAUGUCAACGUCCACAACUUCACGACCAGCUGGCGGGACGGCCUGGCGUUCAACGCCAUCGUACACAAGCACAGGCCGGACCUGAUCGAGUUCGACACUCUGAAGAGGUCCAACGCCCACUACAACCUGCAGAACGCCUUCAACGUGGCUGAGAAGGAGCUGGGCCUCACCAAGCUGCUCGACCCCGAGGAUGUCAACGUGGAUCAGCCGGACGAGAAGUCCAUCAUCACCUAUGUGGCCACCUACUACCACUACUUCUCCAAGAUGAAGGCCCUGGCUGUGGAGGGCAAAAGGAUUGGCAAGGUGCUGGACUACGCCAUCGAGGCUGACCAGCUGAUCGAGAAGUACGAGACGCUGGCGUCGGAACUGCUGCAGUGGAUCGAGCAGACCAUCAUCACGCUGAACGACCGGCAGCUCGCCAACUCCCUGGGCGGAGUCCAGAACCAGCUGCAGGCCUUUAACACAUACCGGACCGUGGAGAAGCCCCCCAAGUUUACGGAGAAGGGGAACCUGGAGGUCCUGCUGUUCACCAUCCAGAGCAAAAUGAGAGCCAACAACCAGAAGGUCUACAUGCCCAGGGAGGGCAAGCUCAUCUCGGACAUCAACAAGGCGUGGGAGCGGCUGGAGAAGGCGGAGCACGAGCGUGAGCUGGCGCUGCGCAACGAGCUGAUUCGCCAGGAGAAGCUGGAGAUGCUGGCGGCGCGCUUCGACCGCAAGGCGGCCAUGAGGGAGACCUGGCUGAGCGAGAACCAGCGGCUCGUCUCGCAGGACAACUUUGGCAUGGAGCUGGGUGCCGUGGAAGCGGCCACGCGGAAACACGAGGCCAUCGAGACGGACAUCGGGGCGUACGGGGAGCGCGUGGCCGCCGUGGAGGCGGUGGCGCGCGAGCUGGAGGUGGAGGGAUACCACGAGGUGCGGCGCGUGCUGGCGCGGCGCGACAACGUGCUGCGGCUGUGGGAGUACCUGCGUGAGCUGCUGGCGGCGAGGCGCGAGAGGCUGCAGGCCCACCGCGACCUGCAGAGGCUGCUGCAGGAGAUGAGCUACAUCAUGGACUGGAUGGCGGACAUGAAGGGGCGUCUGCAGUCCCAGGACAGCGGGAAGCACCUGCACGACGUGGAGGACCGGCUGCAGACGCACACGCUGGUGGAGGCGGACAUCUCGGCGCAGGCGGAGAGGGUGCGGGCUGUGCAGGCGGCUGCCCUGCGCUUCACCAGCAUCCAUCAGACCUACAAGCCAUGUGACCCCGCCCUGGUCAGUGAGAAGGUGUUGCGGCUGGGCCGUGCCUACGACGAGCUGGGCCAGCUGGCGGGCCAGAGGCGUGUCCGUCUGGAGGACUCGCGUCGCCUCUGGCAGUUCCUGUGGGAGGUGGGCGAGGAGGCGGCCUGGGUCCGCGAACAGGAGCAGAUCCUGGCGGCGGGCGAAUCGGGCCGCGACCUCAGCUCGGCGCUGCACCUGCUCAGCAAGCACGAGGCCUUCCGGGACGAGAUGGCUGCCCGCUACGGGCCCCUGGGUCACAGCAUCGCUGCCGGCGAGGCCCUCGUGCAUGAGGGCCACUUUGGGGCCCCCGAGGUUUUGGAGCGGAUCCACGAUGUCCGGGCGCAGUGGACGCACCUAGAGGAGGCCUCCCGAGAGAGGGAACAGCACCUCCGUGAGGCUGUGGCGCUGCACCAGUUCCAGACGGACGCCAACGACAUGGAGGCGUGGAUCCUGGAGACGCUUCGGCGGGUGUCCAGCCCAGAUCUGGGCCACGACGAGUUCUCCACGCAGACGCUGGCGCGCAAGCAGAGGGAGGUGGAGGAGGAGAUCCAGAGCCACCGCAUUCUCAUCGACUCGCUGCACGAGCAGGCGCUGGGCUUGCCCCCCGCCUACGCCCGCUCCCCCCAGGUCGAAGGUCGACUUCCCGCCAUCGAGCAGCGCUACGAGGAGCUGGAGGCGCUGUCGGUGGCGCGGAGGCAGGCCCUGGAGGGGGCGCUAGCCCUGUACCGCAUGUUCAGCGAGGCGGGCGCCUGUCAGCUGUGGGUCGGCGAGAAGGAGCAGUGGCUGCACAACAUGGAGAUCCCCACCAAGCUGGAGGACCUGGAGGUGGUGCAGCAGAGGUUCGAGACCCUGGAGCCUGAGAUGAACAACCUGGCUACCCGCAUCACCGACGUGAACCAGGUUUCUCAACAGCUGCUUGGCACAGACAACUGCAGCAAGGAGCAGAUCCAUCAGACUCAGGACCAGCUCAACAACCGGUGGAAGGAGUUCCAGCGGCUGGCCGACCACAAAAAGCUGGCCCUGGAAUCAGCACUGAACAUCCAGAAUUAUCACCUGGAGUGCAAUGAGAUCCAGAGCUGGAUGCGUGAGAAGACAAAAGUGAUCGAAUCCACCCAGGGGCUGGGCAACGACUUGGCCGGGGUCAUGGCCCUCCAGCGCAAGCUCACGGGCAUGGAGCGUGACCUGGAGGCCAUCCAGGGUAAGUUGGACAACUUGCAUCAGGAGGCCCAGAAGCUGGCGCAGGAGCACCCAGACCAAGCCUCGGAGAUCCAGGCCCGGCUGGGGGAGAUCCAGGAAGUGUGGGAGGAGCUGAACGAUACCAUGAAGCGACGGGAGGAAUCCCUGGGCGAAGCCAGCAAGCUGCAGGGCUUCCUGCGCGACCUGGACGACUUCCAGGCCUGGCUGUCCCGCACACAGACGGCCGUGGCCUCUGAGGACAGCCCCACCUCACUGGCGGAGGCCGAGCGCCUGCUGGCCCAACACGAGGGCAUCAAGAACGAAGUGGACAACUACCGGGAGGACUACGAGAAGAUGCGGGCGCUGGGCGCCGAGGUGACGCAGGGCCAGACGGACGCGCAGCACAUGUUCCUGGCCCAGAGGCUGCAAGCACUGGACACGGGCUGGCACGAGCUGCGUCGCAUGUGGGAGAACCGGCACAGCCUGCUAGCACAGGCCUUCGACUUCCAGACCUUCUUACGGGACGCCAAGCAGGCAGAGGGCUUCCUCAACAGCCAGGAGUAUGUGCUGUCCCACACGGAGAUGCCAGCCAGUCUCCAGGGGGCCGAGGACGCCAUCAAGAAGCAUGAGGACUUCCUGACCACCAUGGAGGCCAGCGAGGAGAAGAUUGCCGGUGUGGUGGAUUCCGGACGCCGCCUGGUCAGCGAUCGCAAUGCCAACGCCGACAAGAUCCAGGAGAAAGCCGACUCCAUCCAGGAGAGACACAAGAAGAACAAGCAGGCAGCCAGCGAGCUCUUGGCUAAAUUCAAAGACAAUCGAGAACUGCAGCACUUCUUGCAAGAUGGACAAGAGCUGACUCUCUGGAUCAACGAGAAGAUGCUGACGGCCCAGGACAUGUCAUAUGACGAGGCCAGGAACCUCCACAGCAAGUGGCAGAAGCACCAGGCCUUCAUGGCCGAGUUGGCGUCAAACAAGGACUGGCUGGACAAGAUCGACAAGGAGGGGCAAGCCCUGGUGCGUGAGAAGCCCGAGCUGGAGUCGAUAGUAAAACAAACCCGGGCAGGCCUCCAGCGCCAGUGGGAAGACCUGGAAAGCACCACCCGCACCAAGGCGCAGUGCCUCUUUGACGCCAACAGGGCGGAGCUCUUCACCCAGAGCUGCUCGGCCCUGGACUCCUGGCUGAAGAACCUGUCCGCUCAGCUGCAGAGCGAUGACUAUGGCAAGGACCUGACCAGCGUCAACAUCCUGCUCAAGAAGCACCAGAUGCUGGAGCACCAGAUGGAGGUGCGCGAGAAGGAGGUGCAGUCAUUACAGGCCCAAGCGCAGGCCCUGUCCCAAGAGGAUGCCGGCCUGGCGGAGGUGGACAGCCAGCAGAGGAGGGUCACUGAAAGCUUCUGCCAGCUCCAGGACCCACUGAGGCAGCGGCGGCAGCAGCUGCUGUCGUCCAAGGAGGCCCACCAGUUCAACCGCGACCUGGAGGACGAGAUUCUCUGGGUGAAGGAGCGGAUGCCCCUGGCCACCUCUACAGACCACGGGAAGGACCUACCCAGCGUGCAGCUGCUCAUCAAGAAGAACCAGACCUUGCAGAAGGAGAUCCAGGGCCACCAGCCGCGAAUCGAUGACAUCCAGGUGCAUGGCCACUCCAUGGCUCCGGGCCAGGACCAGGUGGAUGGCGAGCGGCAGUCCCGGCUAGACGAGCGCCUGGCCGAGCUGCGAGACUCCUGGGCCCGGUUCAUCGCUGAGACGGAGCAGCGCCGGGGUCGCCUGGUGGAGGCGCACCGCGCCCAGCAGUUCUAUGCAGAUGCCGCCGAGGCCGAGGCCUGGAUGGGGGAACAGGAGCUGCACAUGAUGUCCGAGGAGAAAGCUAAGGACGAGCAGAGCGCCCUGGCGAUGGUGAAGAAGCACCAGAUUCUGGAACAGGCCCUGGAAGACUACGCCCAGACCAUCCACCAGCUGGCCAAUAGCAGCCGACUAAUGGUGACCAGCGAGCACCCAGAGAGCGAACGCAUCACCCUACGGCAAGCCCAGGUGGACAAGCUGUACGCCGGUCUGAAGGACCUGGCGGAGGAGCGCCGCGGCCGGUUGCAGGAGCGGCUCCGGCUCACGCAGCUCAAGCGGGAGGUGGACGACCUGGAGCAGUGGAUCGCCGAGCGGGAGGUGGUGGCCGGCUCCCAUGAGCUGGGCCAGGACUAUGAGCACGUUACGAUGCUGCGGGACAAGUUCCGCGAGUUCGCCCGCGACACCAGCACCAUCGGGCAGGAGCGCGUGGACGGCGUCAACGCCCUGGCCGACGAGCUCAUCGAGUCGGGCCACCCGGAGAACGCCAGCGUGGCCGAGUGGAAGGACGGCCUGAACGAGGCGUGGGCCGACCUGCUGGAGCUGAUCGACACGCGCACGCAGAUGCUGGCCGCCUCCUACGAGCUGCACCGCUUCCACCAGGACGCCCGCGAGGUGCUGGGUCGCAUGCGAGAGAAGAAUGAGGCCCUGCCCUCUGAUUUGGGCCGCGACCUCAACACCGUGCAGCACCUGCACCGACAGCACACCGCCUACGAGCACGACAUCCAGGCCCUCAGCGGACAGGUGAGCCAAGUGCAGGACGACGGUGCGCGGCUCCAGAAGGCCUACGCCGGUGAAAAGGCCGAUGACAUCCACAGGCACGAGCGCGCCGUGUCCGAAGCUUGGGAGGCCCUGCUGGCCGCUGGCCAGGCUCGCCGGCUCCUCCUGCUGGACACAGUCGAGAAGUUCCGCUUCUUCAACAUGGUGCGAGACCUCAUGCUCUGGAUGGAUGGGGUCAAUCUGCAGAUUGACGCCCACGACAGCCCAAGGGAUGUAUCCUCAGCGGGACUCGUCAUCGCCAACCACCAGGACAUCAAGUCGGAGAUCGAAGCCAGGGCAGACAGCUUCACAGCCUGCAAGGAGAUGGGCGGCGCACUGGUCAGCAACAACCACUAUGCUGCCGAUGAGAUCCAGGAGAAGCUGGACCAGUUGCAGGCCAAGAGGGAUGAAAUCAAUAAGAAGUGGAAAGAUAAGAUGGGCCACCUCCAGAUCGUCCUGGAGGUGCUGCAGUUUGGGAGGGACGCCUCAGUGGCCGAGUCCUGGCUGGUGGGGCAGGAGCCGCUGGUGCGGGCGGCUGAGCUGGGCUGCAACGUGGACGAGGUGGAGAGCCUGAUCAAGCGGCACGAGGCCUUUGAGAAGCUGGCGGCCGGCUGGGAGGAGCGCUUUGUCCAGCUGGAGAAGCUCACCACGCUGGAAGAGCAGGAGAUCCAGAGGAAGAGGGAGGAAGAGGAGAGAGCGCGACGGCCCCCCACGCCACCCCCGGCCAAGGAGAUGGUACUGUCCGAGGCGGAGAGCCAUAUGCAUGACUCCAAUGCCAGGACCAGUCUGGACCAGACGACCCUGAACCAGUCAGUGUCUGUGAACGGCAUCCACAGCGAUCAGGAAACUUCGCAGGGCUCCGAGUCCGAGUCGGCGAACGGCCCCGGCCGAGACAGCGGGCUGGCCUCGUCGUCCCGCCUGGACCCAUCUGCCCCCUUCUCCACAUUGCCUGGGAAGAGCACGGCUGAGCAGACGCCCCUGGAGACCAUGGAGGGCAUGUUGUGCCGGAAGCAGGAGAUGGAGUCACACAACAAGAAGGCGGCCAGCAGGUCCUGGCAGAACGUGUACUGCGUGCUGCGCAAGGGCAGUCUGGGCUUCUACAAGGACAACAAGAGUGCCACCAAUGGCGUCCCCUACCAUGGCGAGGUGCCCGUCAGCCUGGGCGAGGCCACCUGCGAGGUGGCACACGACUACAAGAAGAGGAAACACGUCUUCAAGCUCCGGUUAGCCGACGGGAAGGAGUAUCUCUUCCAAGCGAAAGACGAGCCUGAGAUGAACUCCUGGAUCCGCUGCAUCGUGUCUGCGAUCCCAGCACCUGCCGGGGGCUCCCCCCGGGGCAUGAUCCGGGCUAUGACCAUGCCUCCCAUUUCCCCCGCCUCUGCCGAGGGCAGCGCGGUCGUCAUGCGCAACAAAGAGGGCAAGGACAAGGACCGCGAGAAGAGGUUCAGCUUCUUCGGCAAGAAGAAGUAGGCUCCACCCCCCCAAAGCGGAAACGGCCAAUCACAGACAACCCGGAAAGUGAGACGAACACGCUGGCCCUCAGCCUCCCUGGUUGCUGGGAGACACCUCUGCUGCUCCAACAGAGCUGUGCCGUUCACCUUUGUUUAAGCCAUCAUGGUAGCUUGUGGGUCAUUUCAACUGAUGCCAGGGUGGGGGGGAGGUCCGUUGCCUGGGUUCUCGUGGACUCGGCUGGAACAUGUAAAUCAGAGGAUGUCGUGGGAUGGGAGGGGCUGUGGGGGGCUGGAACAGGUGGGAAGCAAUGGCAAGGCCAAAAAUCAUCAGGUCAGGAAACAUCUUAGCGUCCGUCUUAUUUAUCCAUUCCCCCCUCCAUUGGUUUCGUAUUUGGAAUGGUCCGCCCCAGCAACGAGCAAGCAGAUGAGGGGAGCUUUUUUCCACAGGGCUGUUACAUGGCUUAUCGCUGACAGCCGUAAGUUGAAGCUGUUUUUAAGGGUGUCGAAGUUCCUCUCUCACUUCACUUCAUGAGAAACAGCUUGAAGGACGGAGAUAAAAAAAAAAUUCUUUUUUUUGUAUCAUUAUUGUUAUUAUUAUGAUUACUAUUAUUGUUAUUAUUUAUCUUUUUGGUGUUGAAAAAUGAUUUGAAAAAAAGAAAGAUUUAAGAGUAUGUAAGUUUAGGUUCUUUGAGAAAUUCUGCGGAGAUGAGCAAGGAAUAUUGGGGGUAUUUGCUGUAUUUGCAGAACCAUGGUGGUUAAAUAAUGUUACUUGUGUUAGUUAUUUUCCCUUAAAUCUCCAGCUUUAAAGUGUUUUAAAGAAGAUUAGAGCUGUUGGCAGUUAAGUUUUGUUUUUUAAGUAAUUUUAAGAAUUAAUGUCGGUUCAUCUAUUUAAAGAGGUUGUUUUUAUUGUCUUUUUUUUCUUUAAUUUAUCUGUAUUUGAUUCAUUUUGGGAUUACGCUUUUUUGCUUUUUUUGAAGUUGUAUUUUGGGAAUAGAGUAUAUAGACUUUGAGUUGUAUAUGUGCAGUUUAUGCACUUAGGCCCAUUUUCUGGUUUAUAAGUUCAGUCCCCUGCUAUUCAAUAAAUAGGAAAAAAAACGAGGCUUGGGUGGAUAUGGCUGUUUCCGGAAGGUUUGUAUACGUAGGGCAUGCUGCUCUUCAUUUAAUGCUAACCCGCCUGAUUAUUUUAUGGUGCGUGUAUAUUCUCUCAAGUAAAGGACACUGGCUGUUAUUUUAGGGUGCUGACUCGAGGCCAAAACGUGGUGAAUGGAGGCUGAGGCAGAGGUUGUAGUUCCUGAAAGUGACCAGCAAGUGGAGUAAGGGAAGUUGAGCACUGGAUGACAUCCAAUCAAAAUAAAUAAAUAAAAUAAAAUUGCUAGAUUCCACUUUG